CGUUAUGAAAAGAGGACAUGGGUGGUUUGAAAUGCUGCCUCCGCCACUAAGCACCGGUGCGUACAAGUUGAAUUUGCAUCGUAACAUUGAAUUUUCAAGUUUAAUUUGUAUCAUAAAGAGAUUUGCACGAAAAGGAUCGUCGUAUCGGUAUAAAUUGAAUUUGUAGCAUAAUGUUAACAAACAUGUUUAGUUUGUAACACAAAAAACUUGAAACCAAAAAAAUAUUGGUACCAACUGAAUAUGUAUCGGUACUUAUGAAUAUAGUAGCGGAGCUCUAAUUGUCUUAGUUAGGCUAUACUCUAUUUGGGUUUUUCCCUGAGAGCAUAUUAAAUUACUUACCAUUAGUUUAAUAAAAAAAAAUAUGCUAAAAUAAUUAAUGUGUAGACAUUACAUACAUAUUUGGCAGGUGGUGCAUUUACCAUUAAAUUUGGGUCCAUCCGUUUUUCCCCCGAGAUGCGUUUGGAUAGAAUGAUUUGGAUUUGGUAUUUGUGAUUUGGAUUUUUAAAUAUCAAAUCAUGUGUUUGAAUAUUAAUUAUGUUUGAUAUUACGAUUUGUGUCAAAAAAAUUAGUUGACAAGUAAUAUACUAGUAAUGGAUUCAAUGUCAUCCCUCUCUUGCUAGCUUCUCCGUCUUUACAAACACUUGCGAGAUCCUGGCGAGAAAUUGAUAACCUCAAAUUGUUUGUAGUCAUUAUAAAAAAAAUAUAUGGCAUUGUUGUGGAUCAUAUAUCUAAAACCGAUUGCUUCGUCAUAUUAAUAAAGUAUGUACCGGUUCACAAGUUAGAUUUGAUUUGGAUUUUUUUUUAUUAAAACGAUAAAUCAUAACAACAUAAGCGGAAUGACUAUCGAUGCAAAAUAAAUGAAAUUGAGUCACAAAUCAACCACAGUUCUAAUAAAUAAAUAAAUCUUAUAAUUAGUCAAACAUUGGAUAAGAAUUUAUUUUUAAUAAACAAUUUAUUCAAAACUCACAAAUACUAUUUCUUAUAAUGAUAAUUAGCUAAAUAAUUAUACAUCAUAUCAUUAAAAAGUGGCAGUCGUGCGAGAGACGUGUUUAUAUAUUAAAUGGAUAAAGUAAGCAGCUAGUGGGCCACCCAGACAGUGAAUUAGACAGAGAAACAAACGAAGAGAGAGAGAGAGAGACUGUGAGAAAGUCAUGAAAAUGAAUGAACCCAGAAAAGGAGAGAGAGAGAGAGAAAAUAAAUAAAGAAAUAAUAAAAGGUACAGAAAUUUCAGCCGGGGAAAGGGCAUUUUCUCUCAUCUCAUAUCGUAUGGUUUAUCGUAUCGCGCGAUAUGAUAAGUACGAAACAAUAAUUGAUAAUAAAACCACUUUCGUUUUUUUUUUCAAUUAUCUUUUCAAAUUUAAUAAAGUCCUCAUAAUAAUUGAUAAUAAUGUGAUUUUUUAUUUAUUAUUUCUUCGUGCAUCGUUUUCGCAGAACCACCACACGUCAAUUCCGUCGGACACAAAUUAAACGGUUCUAAUCAGACGAACGUUUUUUGUUUUGUUCUAGGGGAGGUGGAUAUUGAUGAAACUUACACUUUAACCCCCAAACUUUGCCAUCUUGUCAAAUCACCCCUUUUCUUCCCUCUUAUUUAUUCUCCAUCAAUCAACUCAUUUAUGUUUGCUCAUUGUGCCUAUAUCUCCUUUCUUUUCAGAGGAGCUUAGACCGGUCGGUUCUGGCCACAUACUCUCUCGAAAACAUUUCGUGGGUGUUGCAAAUACAUAAAGGUCGUUUGCUUAAUAAAUUUGAAAAAUGAGUGUUUUGAUAAAAUAUGAGAUUUGAAAAACCAUGAAUGUAUGAUGGAUUUGGUGGCAUCAUAAAUUUGAACAAGUCUAUUGUUUGCUUGUUGGAUUUGAUCCAUCACCCAAAUCCCACCUCAAGAGGUGGAACUUCCAGGUCUGUGGGGUCCACGGAUUUGGACCCCCAAAAGUCCGUGGGCCCCACAGAUUCCAUCUUCCUAAUCGCUAAGGCAAAUGAUGGAUUUUUCGUUCAAGCCCUACGAUGGAUGGAUUUCCAUGACCAAAUCCAUCAUCAAAACCCUCAAGCAAACGACCCGAUAGAGUACUUCAUACAGGUUGUCGAAAGAAAAAAAAAUAGACGUGUUAUGGAUUGGUCCAAGCGUUGGGGCAGGCGGGAUGAUUCAUUUUGUUCAAUUAUAAAUUAUGUGACGAGGAAGAAGACGAACCACCUAUCGAGAACUAAAAUUAAAUCCUCGUAAUUUUUUUUUGGUCGAGAGUGACAAUAUCAUCGAACUAGGCCAACAUCCAAUAAAUACUCUCGCCGAACUUUUAUGAAGGAGAAGUAUGGGUUUGUCGGAGUUUGGAACAAGGAACGAGAGAUUGAUUUUUUUUUUCUUUUGAGGAACUAAAUACAGUCGAAAUCUUUACGGAAGAAAUUUUUGAGGAUCAAGUAAGGAAAAAAAAUGAAAAACGCGUAACAAGACUACAAGAGGUGUAUAGCAUAUUCCGAGAGCUACGCACGAUAAGAUUCACAAUUAGAGUAGAGAGGGAUGUGUUUGAAGAAAGUGUAUAGUUUAGGCGCCAAAGAGUAACUUGAUUAAAAUGGAUGAAUUAACAUAGAGAGAGCGUUUGUUUUUGAGGGCUUUUGUUUGUUUGGGGGGCUGCGGUUCUCUAUUUAACACUCCCACCGUAACUACGGUGCGCCACUUUAGACCAGGUUCAGGUAAAUGCAUUUUUUAUAAAUAAAAAAAAUGCGAUGAUGCCGACCUGUGACUUAUCCGUCUAUUUAACUGCACAUGGGGAAAAUAAAAAUAAAAAGAAAAGUAGAAAACCCCAUUAUAUAAUAUAUAUAUAUAUACUCGACCCGUUAAUCAAUUCGAAGUGGAUCUUGUGAACUCAAAUGAGCAAUGGGUCAGUCAAUUUGACCGAAUUUGGAUCGAGCUUUUUGCAGAAAACCUUGUAUUUAUAUAUUGACUUGUUUUAUAUAAUAAUAGUAUCAUUCAAAGAUUCAUGCAUAUCGAUCCUUUUAGAAUAUUAGUUGUGAAACAAAACCGUAUUGCAUUGUGUAGAUCAGAUUCGAAAAAAAAAAAAAAACUUUCUAUCAAAAUUUAAAUUGGUGGGUGGUUUCAGACUUUCGGUGACAUGAAAUGGUUAAACCAUGACCAUGAUUUCAGCACAAAACUUUAUUCUUGACUUUUUCUGGUACAACAAUCGGUACAGUUUGACAAUCUUUUGCUUUUCAUAUUCAUACACAAUUUACCGAGAUAGUAAAGGGACCGGAAUAUGAAAUCAUAUGAAUCGGGGUAAUGAGUGCCCCAUGACUAGGUAAUAAUCCGGACAUUAUCACCCUCUCUGUUGAAUACGGGGAAACAACCAUUUUUCCACUCUCUAGCGAGCAGCUCCUGUAAUCACUGAGUAAUUGGUUGCGUAUAUGUUGAUGAUCAAUCCUUGGCAUUAUAUGUCUGAUGUCUCAAGCCAGAUUGGAGUCCUCUAAUUGCGCCGUUCAAUCACACGACGGUUUAACGGAUCAAAUAUGUUCAUUGUCUUCCGAUUUAGAGUGACCCGCUUAUGAGAAUGAAGCUAAUUAGUUAAUCAUCCAACGGCCUUGAUUCUUUUGUGUCAUCCUUUCCCAAACAUGACAAGCAAUAGUAGCCAACAAACUAGGUUCCCAUUUUGGUUGUUUGGUUUGGUCCUUUGUGCACAAAAUAGUAAUUAGACACGAAAUUUCGUCAAAGCUAAUGUCUUGUCGAGACAGGCCAAAAGUCUUUAGGGGAAAGGUCAACUUCAUUGACUUUCUCGAGUUCAAACGAUUUCUCCAUAACAACCGGCUAGUAGUGUGAUGGUGCACUAUCGGCAAAAUUGGCAUCCGCCUAAAGUUCUCCCCCGAAAGAAUGCCUCUAAAGGUAAAGCGGGCAAACAAAGGAAAAAAAGGGAAUUUUGCUUUGAAAAAAAAAACAAAUAUAUAUUUUCACUUUUCUUUCAGAUAUCCAAAUGGGAAAGUACGAUAAAAUAUACAUGACAUUUUUGUCACGAGAAAGACAAUGUUUUCGGUUAGGGCUGCAUAAGAGGAUUGAUGUUGAGCAGACAAUAUGAGUGCAAAAUUCCGACCCGCCUAAAAUCAAUGGCUCAAAUAUGGUUCUGCAUUUGUGCACAACCCUAGGUUAUGCACCCGAACUAUUUAGUUUCAAAUGGUUCCAAACUGUGACCACUUUCAACUUUUAAUAAAAUGGUAAAAUACAA